ACACGAGGAAACAUUUUAAUUCGGCACGCAGAAGCGCGAAUGUGGACGUAUUACCUCGCCACCAUUUACCAGGAUCAGCUAGGCUCGAGUGUUAUUGAGUUUGGUUUGGACCAUUGCAAGGUGAGAUGGCAAGCAGGUUGGGGCUCCCCCACGGCAGUUCCCUGCACAGAUGCAUGCUGGUCCUGACCUUCCUGCUCCUACUGUGUGAGAUUGUUGUCAGCCGCCUCUGUAACUCCCUCAUCACCAUGGUGGACGUCUUCCACACCCUCUUCAUCCUCAUGCACAUGGCUCUUCCUCUUGCUCAACCCACCCUGGGCAGAGGCCUCCCAAAACCGCCACCUGCCUCUCCUCUCUCCACUUCCAUCACCUCCAACCCCACUCAGUCACCUGUCAAAUCUCCCCCAUAUGCCUUAACCAUCCCCUGUGUCUCUCCCAUCCCUUCCAACUCAGCUUCCUGUCCCUCUCCUCCCCUCUCAACCCCUGUCCUCACCACCACUUCCCAGUUUCCCUCCAAACCUCUCACCCCUACAACCACCCAUUGUUUCUCCCCUGACCACUCUGAGUCCAACCAGCUAACCUCUUAUCCCCAUCCCACCCUGUCUGUUCCAGCCAACCCUUUUCCCCGAUGCCUCCCCCCUCAGGCGUCCCUGUGUGGCCUGUCCUACAGCGAAGCGAGGGUCCAGCCCCUGGGGGCUCUGAUCUCAGCUCUCCUGCUGGCUGCCCUGUGUGUCUCUGUCUCUCUGGAUAUCCUCAGCCACACCCUGCAGCCCCACCCUAUACAGCGCCCUCUUUUGGCCACGGUGAUGGGGGCUGUCAGCCUGCUCUACAACCUCCUGGUGCUGGGGCUCAGCUGGGGUAGCUGGCUUGGGACCAAGACUAGAGCUGCCUGGGAGGGGGAGGAGAGAUCUGUCCUUGGUGUGAAUGGAAAAGGCACAGAGCAUUCUUUGCUUUUAUUAUUAAUGUCAGUGUGGGAGGGAAUUGUGUACAAGUUCUGCAUUAUUCUAGCAGUCAAGGCCGAGGUCCAGACCAAAGACAGCACUGGAGUGGAUGGAGACAAUGACCUCAGUAACCUCACUACAUCUCUGGAUGGUGCCUUCCAAGAUGGAACACUUGUACUCUGUAACCCUGGAACCUCCAGUGUCCUGAACCCUGACAGUGACUCUCAGCACCCACCCCAGACAUCCCUACUCCGUACCGUGGCCCCUCAGGUUCCCCUUUCAGACCACUGCCAUGGAGCACACACACCCCCUGCAGACUCACACAGACUCCCUGCAGACUGCAGAACUGCAGAGACACCAAACAACUUCCCAAAUCCAGAGGCCAGUGGCUGUCAUCCAAAGUACUCCAACUCUGAGGUGUCUAAGUGUGUGGGACACAGAGAUAAUCAAACAGACCCCACCACAGUCUCAGCCCUAAAGUCAGAAAGCCCCACAAGGCUCAGGGUUCAACUUCCCGCCUUUCUCCCAUCCCUCAUCACCCUCACCCAGGCACUGCUGGGCUCCAUCCUGGCCCUCACCAACGGGCUUACCCUGCUACUCCUGGGCCCAGACUGCCUGCAUGGCUCUGGGGCCUGUGCCCCCUUCAUCUACCUGGACCCUGGCUUCUCCAUGGUGGCUGUGGUGGUGCUGCUGGCCACCGCUCUGCCCCAGGUGUGCCGUUACGGUUGGCUGCUGCUCCAGGCCAGCCCAUCCCAGUUGUGUGUGUCUGAUCUGGGCCGGCGGAUUGCAAGCGUGCCUGGGGUGCAGGCGGUGCACGACCUCCACGUGUGGCAGCUGACAGAGAGCUGCCUGGUGGCGUCUGUACAUGUCCACUGCCACGCUGGGUUCCAGAUACACAGGUGUGGUGAUCUGAUGUCAGGGGUCACCAAGGUGUUUCAGAGUGUAGGUGUGAGCUGCUGUACCGUACAACCAGAGUUCUUCCUCUCCACUUCCUCAGCCAACGGCAACAUGGAUAACAACCACACCAACCCCACCAUCAUCCAUAGGGAGAUUCACCCACUGCCCUCACACCUGGCCUGCAGCCUGGCCUGUGGGAAGGGCUGUGUUGGGAGGAUGUGCUGUGCUCCUCUGGAGGAAGGGUCUACAGAGCCACUGGCACCCCCUGCUGGGGAAACUGAGGAGCCUCACGUGCUGAUCAUAGAGAACGCCUUUCUUUGA